AUGUUAAAUAUCCUCUUCAUUAUUUUUGACAAGCAGUUACAUAAACCCAUGUAUCUUCUCAUUUGUAACCUUGCUGUAGUUGAUAUACUGUAUACCUCUAGUGCCACUCCAACAAUGAUUGGGGUUCUACUUGCUGGUGUGGCAUUGUCUCCAGAGGAACGUCAGGGUUUACUGAUAGGGAACAUCCUCGGUCCAUCUCUCGUGAAUCCUUUUGUGUACUGUCUUAGGACAAAAGAAAUUAAAAAUAAGCUCCUUAAGAUUAGACAUGCUUCCCUUAGGCAGUAUUAUUAA